AUAACGACAACCAAUAAAAAAACAGUACCGAAGAAAAAAGACAUACUUUUAUUUUAAAAAUCAGUAGAAAUCCAAGUUUUUUCAAAAUGUCGAAGGAACAAGAAAAGCCAAUGCGUUGGAAAGGAAAAUUUAUCAAAGAAAAAGUUUACAAUAACAGAAUGAGAAUGCGUAAUGCAAGAAAGGAAAUGCAGAGAGCAAAAGAAAUAAAAGCGUUUAAAGUCCAAGCGGAGGCCAAGAAAGCCUUGAUUUUAGAAAAAAGAAUUCGUGAAAACAAAAUUAUUAUAAAUGAAGAUGGCUCAAGUGCAGCAAAUAGCAAAAAAUCUGAAAUAGAAACAAUUUACUAUGAAAAUGAAAUUGACGAAAAUGAAAUUGAUGAAAAUGGAGACCUUGAUAUUCUUGAAACUAUUGAAUCACAAGAAUUGACGGAAGAAAAUCAUGUUGUGGAAGGACGUCGUAUUGUCGAGAUUGCUGAGCUUGGGAAAAACUUAUGGUGUGGGACUUGCAAAGAAGCGCUUUCUUUGAACAACGUAGAAAAAGAAUGUCGACGAGGAUUUGGUUCUUUGCUUUUAGUGAGGUGUCACAAAUGUCUUAUUAUUAAUGAAGUCCCUACAGGCAAAAUGCAUCCUUUGACUCCAGAUGCACGUGCCAUGAGAUUCGACAUGAACACAGACUUGGCGCUUGGUAUGUUAAAUUCGGGAAUGGGUUUGGCCAGUUUUAACAAGGUUCUCAGUUACCUCAAGAUUCCAUUAAUUUUUUAUCAGACUUUAAAGAAAUAUGAAGAAGAACUUGGAGAGGAAGAAAUCGCUGCUAUUAAAGCUAGGCGCAACCGUGCCCCAAUCCUGGAAGAAGAUUCUUAAAGAUAUCCCUAAAAUUAAUUAGCUGAUAAGUAGGAUAAACUUUUGAUUUUGUAUUUUAAAGAAAGAUUAUACUGAAUUCGUUGAAUAAUUUAUAUGUAAAUUUUUUUA